GUCUCAGUAUCUUAGUUCAUCGCGCGAUCGUCUCAACUUCUGAGAUAAGGAAGUCAAGGUGAGAAGUAAGAAUCAUCACAGCUUCGAAGAAAAUCUUCAACGAUAACAAGUUGUGAAUAUGGCUUUGAAAUCAAUGGUGUCCAGUUUACUGUUCUUUAGUGUUAUCAUGAUGACCGUGGCCUCUCCUCGAAGACGAUAUCCCACCCCUCAGGAAUUGAAGCAAUACUGUCCCGCGGUGUUCGACAAACCAUGCACUGGUAACAACGAUUGUCAGUGUAACUAUCCAGUUAGACUGAUCUGUAACUACAAGAAUGUUUGCAACAGAAUCAGUAUGAUGGACAUCCUAAUGAGAAUACGUUGUCCUAAAGUUUUCAAGAAAAGCUGCUCCUUCGAUGACGAUUGUAACUCGUCUUGUCCUGGAAUGAUUUGUGAAGACAACGAGUGUGUUGACAAGAAACGCAUCACUACAUGAGUCAAAAUUGCUCGUGGAAACUUAUCACUCUUUUCUGUACAAUAUUAAGAUUUAUCAAGUAAUGUAUAUCGGGUGCAUAAGCAGACUUCAGUAGGGGCUGUGGUCAUAAUGUGUGUGAAUCUACGUUAUGAAAUCUUGUUAAUUCAAUAAACCAUAUACAAUGUUAUCUUAUUG